ACAACGUCGCCAAUAUUACAUGAAAAUGAUAUUAGACCACCAGGAGUAGUCACAACAACUACCACGCCAACUAACGGUCUGUCAUAUUUUAGUUGGCGUUUAUUAAAAAUACUUAAAACAAAUGAAUUAUUACAACAAACUAAAAAUCAAUUGGAAGAAUUGAAAAAAAGACUUCAAAAAAAAAAUGAUGACAGUGAUGUUGUUGCUGUUAGUGAAGACGAAUGGAAGAUAAAAGUAGAAGAAUUUGAAAAUAAAAAGAAAUGGAAUAAAAAACAUAUUAAAAAAUUACAAAUGAUACGAGAUGAACGACAAAGUAGACGAGAAACAUUACAUAAAACCAUAGACGAAUGGAGAACAGAAUGGAUAGCGAAAGAUUUAGCACUUAAACGAGAACAAGCAAGAAAAAAAGAAGCUGAAAAAAGAUUUCAAAUAGCUGAAUUUAAUAAAAACAAACAUAAAGAACUUAAAAAAAUAUUAGAAAAGGUUAGACAAUUAAGAGAUUUACGUCGUGUACGAUUUAAACGAGAAGGUCAUUUCUUUCCGGAAGAGGAUGACGAAUUUUUCAAUAGAAUAGCAUCACUGAAUGAUGUAAUGAAUGAAGAGGAAGCUAGAUUGGAUCAGGAGAGAGAUGCGGCUGCUGAACAUAAACGAAAUGAAACUAUCGAUGCCGGGAUGAAAGAACGUGAACGUGAAAGAGAUCCUGUCUAUGAGUACUGGCAUCAAGCCGAAAUUGAUCUUGAUAGUUUGUGGGAUGCUUAUAUAGUACCUCCAGGUACAAAUGGAGCAUCGUGUAUACCUCCAACAUUUGUACAACCAUCACCACCUGCGAAUUAUAUAUGGGCAUCUUGUCUUACACAUGGAAUUGAUCAUCACGAAUCAAACCAACAACAUGACAGAUAA